UAUUUACAGGGUAUAAUCGAUUAGCCACCCACGCGCACAUGCACCUGUGCUUACAUUAACCUGCAAAAGCUGUUCCCCCCCAGCAGAAAAGCUCAAACAGGCUUCGGCUCUAAGGGCUUUUAAGCUCCUGCUUAAGGGUUGCUGCCCACAGCUAUAGCUAUCUCCCUCCCUCUUAGUGCGUCUCGCCGUAUGUAAAGGCGUUUGCAUUGUCCUGUUGUCCCUGUUCAGCGCGAAUUGCCCUGCGUUGUUGUACCACAAGUAAAUUUAUCUUGGCCCCGAUAGAAAGGACGAAAUUCCUGCUGCCAAAUAAGUGAUACACAAUAGAUGGAAAAUAAGGGAAAAUAUAUCAAAAUAGCUUCAGUAGAAAAUAAAUAGUUUAGUUAACGAAAAAGUUCAUAGAAUUAGUUGCAGAAAAGUGCAUUUAAAGUCUUCCGAAAACCGUGCCCGAGCGACUUUUUGUUUUGGGCCCAAACCAAACAUGUGGCGCAGCCCGAUUCCUGGCUCUGCAUACAUAUAGGGCCAUCGCCUUUUGGGGCAGACAUUUUGGACAAUGAGUGAGACGGCGGGCAAUGGCAGUGGAGUCGGUGCAGCUGCUCCAGCUGCUGCGGCUCUCCACUCCUUGGACAGCUACGAUGUGAUCUACGAUGCUGGACAGGAGCAUUCAGAUGAUAUGCAAAGCGUUUCACAUAUGGAUUGGCCAUUUUUGAUAAAGGGCAUCCUGGAGAACAGCCAGACAUGUGCGCCGACCACACCGGAGACUCUGGCCGCUCUGCUGUGGGCCAUCAUUGCCGUGUUUGGCAUCGUCUACGCCCUGCUCGGCUAUCGCUGUCUGCGCGCUGUUGGCUUCCUGAGCGGGCUGAUGGUGGGCGCCAACGGGAUAUUCAUACUGCAGGACUUCCAGAUCACCUGGCUGGGCAAGCCGGCUGACUCGGCGCUGGCCAUUGUGGCUGGACUCCUGGGCGCAGUGCUCGGCUCUACGUAUCCUGUCGCCUCGGUGCUGAUCAGCGCCUUUGCCGGCGCCCUGCUCUCCGGCGCUGCGAUGGCCGUCUGUGUGGCCACAAUGCCGGACAACGAGUUCGGGGUGAGUCCACCUUCUUAUUGUAAAAUUAACAUCUAUCUGUAG